ACGUUUACUUCCGGUAUGGUGUGGGUAUGGAGCGGAGGGCGGAGUGAGACGGUUUAGAGCGCAGACAGAGGACGUGCGGCUCAAGCUGUUCUCGAGGACAUUUUGCUUGAUAAGGACCUGGAUUUCUGAGCUAUAUAGAAGGAAGAAUGGUGGAACUCAGGAGCUACUGCGAACCGGGUGUGUCUAUGCACCAAGUCUGGACUGACAAUGGAUUCACGCCAUGCUUCUUCUUCACACUUGUCCCGUCUGUCCUCGUUACGCUCGCCAUACUCCUCGGCACUCUACAUUGCACAUGCUACACUCGCUACGGCACCAACAUGGAGUCCCGGUUUGUCCCACGUUCUCAGCUUUACAAACUGCAGCUGGUACUUUCGGUUCUUCUUGGCCUCCAAGGACCGGUCUGGAUGAUUGUCCACAUGGUCCGUGACUCAUCUGUGCCUGGGUACGUGGUGCUCUGUGGAUGUCUCUAUGCCCUGGCGUGGGCCUGGGCGACGGCGCUGCUAAGAGUGGAGAGGAAGAGGAUUCUUGUGAUGGACAGUACGUCGGGACACAGUGCCGUCCUGCUGCUGUACUGGACGAUGGCGUUUGUAGCUGAGAACCUGGCAUUUGUAUCAUGGGAAAGCCCCAGGUGGUGGUGGGGGUUUGAGAACUCAGAGCAGCUGGUGGAAUUUGCAUUCUGGCUGUUUCGUUAUAUCUGCUCUGGGGCGUUGUUCUUCAUGGGCCUCAGAGCUCCAGGGCUGCCCAGAAGACCCUAUUCAUUCCUCAUUAACGAGGACGAGCGUGAUGUGGAAAAUGGCGGACAGCCCCUGCUAGGCGGCGCAGGACAGAACCAGUCGGCGUGGACUGACUUCAGAAGGAAGGUGCGUCUCCUGCUGCCGUACAUGUGGCCGAGGGGCAACGUCCUCCUCCAGUUCCUCGUCAUCCUGUGUCUCGGGCUCCUGGGAGCUGAACGUGCCAUAAACGUCUUCGUACCCAUCUACUAUAAAAACAUAGUAAACGAGCUGACAGGAGGAAGUCCCUGGAAGACCUUGGCCACCACUGUGUGCAUCUAUGUCCUGCUGAAGUUCUUGCAGGGAGGUGGUGCAGGUUCCUCAGGCUUCGUCAGCAACAUGCGCUCGUUCCUGUGGAUCCGCGUGCAGCAGUACACUGGGCGCGUGGUGCAGGUUCGCCUCUUCGCCCACUUACACUCGCUGUCUCUGCGCUGGCACUUGCAGCGGCGCACCGGAGAAGUCCUGCGCAGCAUCGACCGUGGGACCUCCUCCAUCGACAGUCUGCUCAGCUACAUCGUGUUCAGCAUCUUCCCCACAAUCGCCGACAUCAUCAUCGCCAUUAUCUACUUCACCUCCAACUUCAACGCCUGGUUUGGUCUAAUCAUCUUCAUCUGCAUGGCGCUCUACCUCACUCUUACCAUCAUAAUAACCGAAUGGAGGACGAAGUACAGGCGAGAAAUGAACACCCAGGACAACAACGCCAAGGCCAAAGCCGUGGACUCCCUGCUGAACUUCGAGACGGUGAAAUACUACAACGCGGAGGAUUACGAAGUGGGACGCUUUGAGGAAGCCAUCGCGAAGUACCAGUCGUUAGAGUGGCUCACCAACGCGUCUCUGGCUCUGCUGAAUCAGACCCAGAAUCUGAUCAUCGGCUUAGGUCUGCUGGCUGGCUCGCUGCUCUGCGCCUACUUUGUCACCGAGGGCAAGUUUCAGGUUGGAGAUUAUAUUCUGUUCGGCACAUAUAUCAUCCAGCUCUAUACACCUCUGAACUGGUUUGGUACAUACUACAGGGUCAUCCAGAAGUCUUUCAUUGACAUGGAGAGCAUGUUCAAGCUGUUUGAUGAAGAAGAGGAGGUGAAGGACGUUGUGAAUGCUGGAACCCUGGAGUAUAAACAGGGAAAGAUUGAGUUUGAAAAUGUUUCCUUCAGCUAUGUGGAAGGGAAACAGAUUCUGAAGGAUGUCUCCUUUGUGGUCCUGCCCGGCCAAACUGUAGCACUUGUGGGUCAGUCAGGCUCGGGGAAGAGCACCAUCAUCCGCCUCCUCUUUCGUUUCUACGAUGUUCAGGGCGGCUGUAUCCGCAUCGACGGCCAGGACGUUUCCAAGGUAAAGCAGGCCUCACUGCGUUCCCACAUCGGAGUGGUCCCUCAGGACACCGUCCUCUUCAACGUUAACAUCCGUGAGAACAUCCGUUACGGCCGGAUCUCAGCCUCCGACGAGGAAGUAGAGGACGCCGCCAUCGCUGCCGACAUCCACGACAAAAUUCUCGCCUUCUCCGAUGGUUACAACACUCAAGUGGGUGAGAGGGGUCUGAAGCUGAGCGGAGGGGAGAAGCAGAGGGUGGCCAUCGCUCGCACCAUCCUCAAAGCUCCUCAGAUCAUCUUACUUGACGAGGCCACUUCAGCCCUGGACACGCAGACAGAGCGCAACAUUCAGGCCUCGCUGGCGAAAGUGUGUGCCAACAGAACCACUGUGGUAGUGGCCCACAGGUUGUCAACCAUUAUCGGCGCCGAUCAGAUCCUCGUCGUCCGGGAUGGACAGAUCGCUGAGAGAGGGAGUCACGAGGAGCUUUUGGCUAAAGGAGGACUCUAUGCUGACAUGUGGCUGAAACAGCAGCAGGCCUUGGACUCGGACUCCGCCUCCGACACCGAAACCAAAGACAGACUUCCUGAGAAACUCCAACCCCCGCCAUCCUCUGCAAGACAAGGGCAUCACUGAGAGCCCAACACUAUAUACCAAAGAGGGGGAUUGUGGGUAAUUUAAGCUUUUUGUUACGUUUCGGUAGAAAAGAUAAGCAUUAAGCAAGUCUACGCUGUUUAAAUAGAACAUAUAGACAUCAUGUCACCCUCUGCUACUAAAACGGCGUAGGCACAACACACUCAAACACACUUAGUAUUAGAACAUACACGUUCUUCACUACACGAGGCUGCACGAUUUCUGUUCUGCAAUCAUUCAAAUCUCCUAAUACCCAAUCUGAUCUGUGCCUUAAAGCGCCCAAUAUUUCCAAUCUAAUUUCCAGUCCAACCUGGAAAUCAAAUGAUAAAUAAUGGAGUACAAACCAUAGCAACAUAUUCAGGGUUUAGAUGAAUGUCGAAAGAUUUGUUUGUGCACCGUAUGGCAUCAUAAGAAGAGGACGUGUGUGUCCAUUUCCUGUCCCUUUCUUUCUGCAUUUAAAAGCCAUAAUGAUCAAAACAUUGGAUGAAGCCACUGAUGGAUUAUGCGUUGAUAUUUGAUCGUUUUUUUUUUUUACAUUCGGGUUCUUCAAGAGUCCUAAAAAUAUUUUGAGCCAAUGAUCAACAUCCAAGUACCGAACAGCAUACUUUCUUUUCUCUUUUUUCCAUCCUGCUAUACUGCUUGGCUCAAGUUAUUCAGUAUAAUUAAUGCUUAUAUUAAUACAAUAUUAUAAUUUAGAUACAUAAAUACUUACGAGCGCCAACAUUCUCAGCCUUGUCGGGUUAGAGAAGUGUUUAUUGUGUGGGUAUUAGAACGUUAGGGCAUUUUAUUUCCUUAUAUAUUUUAAACUCUGACUUUAUUUCCUAAUUAUGUUUAAACACUGAAGAAUAUAUAUUUUUUGUUUUUAUUAUUUUGAAACUAAAUUGUUCUUUGUGAUUUUUUUCCCUCAUGUUACAUUAUUAACUCAUCACUAGUAAAUGAUUAUUUUCAAUCUGUACAUAUUAUUUAAAUCUGUAUAUAUUUUUAUAUAAUCACAUAAACACUGAAGUGUUUAGGGAUUAAGUGAAAUACAGGACAUGAAUAUCACUGACAUUGUUUUAAAUAAAAUACUGGUGGGGGUUUU